AUGGACUUGCUCACAAACGACAGACGGAAGAUAACUGCAAACGGACCAACUCUACAAAAGACCGUAUUCGGAUGGAUUGUCUCGGGUCGAGUAUCAAGCGCAACACCAUCCAUUUCUCAGACUUAUGUUUGCUCAAUUGUAGAUCUUCAAGAUCAAUUGAUGAAGUUUUGGGAACUGGAAACCUGCCGCGUUAAAAGCGUCCUGUCGAUAGAAGAAUCGUUGUGUGAAAAGAUCUUUCGAGAAACUACGAUACGUGACACUGAAGGCCGAUUCGUCGUUACACUUCCCAAGAAAGAGUCUGUGAUUGAUCAAAUCGGCAACUCACUCACGAGAGCUGCUAGUCGUUUUACGGCACUGGAAAGGCGAUUCGAAACCGAUGCGGAUUUGAAGAAGUUGUAUGCUGCCUUCGUCCACGAAUACCUUGCACUAGGGCACAUGCAAGAAGUGUCAGACAAGUCGGAUCUAGAAAAAGGCUACUACAUACCGCAUCUCCCUGUGUUUAAACCUGACAGUACGACGACAAAAUUGCGGGUGGUGUUCGAUGCAUCAUGCAAGUCAUCCUCUGGUGUUUCGUUGAAUGACGCUCUAAUGGUGGGACCUGUCGUCCAGGAUGAGCUGCUGGAUAUCACGCUACGCUUCAGGCUUCAUCAGUACGCGAUUGUAGCUGACAUAGCCAAGAUGUAUCGAAUGAUCAAGGUGCAACGUGGGGAUCAUCGGUGGCAGAGAAUUUUGUGGCGAGAUUCAAGAGAUGAGUCUGUUCGGACCUUCGAACUUAACACCGUUACUUACGGUACUUCCUCCGCCCCUUAUCUUGCUACAAGGUGUCUGCAACAAUUGUCCCAGGAUGGAGCUGAGGAAUAUCCGAUCGCAGCUGAGGUGCUCGCUUCUGCGUUCUACGUCGACGACAUGCUGAUUAGUGUCAAAUCCAUUGAGGAAGGAAAGCAACUUGUGCAGCAAAUGAUGAGCCUCAUGGAUUCUGCUGGAAUGUCUCUCAGAAAGUACGUUUCUAACUGCUCGGAGAUUCUACAAAAUGUACCCUCCCAUCUCUGUGAUGAACGAUUGGUUUGUGAGUUAGACUCAACCAGAUCUACUGUGAAAACCCUUGGACUGCAGUGGCAGCCUAGCUCCGACGACUUCCGCUUCAGUACGAUUUCUUGGGAUGAUAAAGCACCGAUUACCAAGCGAAAAGUAUUGUCAGACGUAGCACGGCUUUUCGAUCCCUUAGGACUAGUUGGCCCCGUCGUAAUCCAAGCUAAAAUCUUUGUACAAGAUCUGUGGAAACUCCAAUGUGAUUGGGAUGAGGAACUGAGCGUUGAGCUUCAAGAGCAGUGGAGGGAGUAUCGUCGAAAUUUUGCAAGUUUAGACAGUUUGUCAGUGCCCCGUUGGGUUGGUUUGAGUCAGGAGACAAGAGUCGUAGAAAUUCACGGAUUUUGUGAUGCGUCAGACAAAGCGUACGGAGCAUGCUUAUAUGUCAGAACCGUUGAUGCUAAUGAGGAGAUUCUAGUUCGACUGUUGACGGCGAAGUCGAGAGUAGCCCCUCUCGAAAACCUGAAGAAGAAAAAGAAGAGGCAAUCUACGCCACGAUUAGAAUUGUCAUCAGCUUUACUUCUCGCGCACCUUUAUGAAAGAGUCUCCAGAAGCAUCAAGUUGCAGUCAGCAAAAUCCCACUUUUGGACUGAUUCCAUGAUAGUUAAGUGUUGGCUAUCAUCCCCACCUUCGCGUUGGAAAGAGUUUGUAGCAAACCGAGUCUCCGAGAUCCAACACAUCACGGUCGCUGGAACAUGGAAUCACGUAGCAGGAGUUGAAAACCCGGCAGAUAUAAUUUCCCGAGGCAUGAUUCCAGCACAGUUGCAGUAUCAAUCGCUGUGGUUUCUGUCGUGA